AUGGCCCGCAUCAAUAAGAAGAAAUCAUAUGUAUUUCAACUUCACAAAAAACUACAACAGAAGGAACGACAGAUUCAACGUCAACAAGAGCGACAGCGAGCGCAGGAAGAAGGGUACCAAAACAGAACUGCGGCCUUAAAGUUACGUUACGAAAUGGAAUUGGAAAAAAUAAAGGUAUAUGUGGCAGAUCCGUUAGGGCUGCAGUAUAGGUGGUCAAGCUCCGACAAGUUAGUAAUUCAG